AUGGAACAAUCGGGGCUGCUGAAUUGUUCUUCAUAUUGUGCUCUUUCUGCCUUCACCAACGUCUCCCCUGAGGUGUUCACGCAGAGCGUCCCCUUCCAGGGGAGCAGCACCCUGCUGACGGCGGUCAUCUACAUCACCGUCUUCCUCGUAGGUCUGGCCGGCAACAGUCUGGUCAUCUACGUGGUGCUGCGCCACGCCAAAAUGAAAACGGUGACCAACAUUUACAUUCUCAACUUAGCGAUCGCCGACGAGCUCUACAUUAUCGGGCUGCCUUUCCUCACGACACAGAAUGUGCUCUCUUACUGGCCCUUCGGAUCCAUCCUGUGCCGGCUCGUCAUGACCGCAGACUCCAUGAAUCAGUUCACGUCCAUUUUCUGCCUCACUGUCAUGUCCAUUGACCGCUACCUUGCCGUGGUGCACCCGAUCCGUAGUUCUAAGUGGAGGCACACACGCGUGGCCAAAGCGGUCAGCGCAGCAGUGUGGGCUGUGUCAUUUGUGGUGGUCCUGCCUGUGGUCAUCUUCUCGGACGUGCAGGACACAUUUAACUCAUGCAACAUGAUCUGGCCAGAACCAACAGAUGUAUGGUCAACAGCCUUCAUUCUCUACACCUCUACAUUAGGCUUCUUUGGACCUGUGCUCAUCAUCUGCCUCUGCUAUCUGCUGAUAGUAAUUAAGGUGAAGUCCUCGGGAGAGCGUGCAGGCCUCACCUCACGACGGCGUUCAGAGCGUAAAGUGACUCGGAUGGUUGUGGUUAUCGUGGUGGUGUUCGUCCUCUGCUGGCUGCCGUUUUUCAUCAUCAACAUCAUCAACCUUGUAGUCAUCAUCCCAGAGUCUAGCGCAACUGCAGGAAUAUACUUCUUCGCAGUCAUCUUGUCAUACGCCAACUCCUGUGCCAACCCUCUGCUCUACGGUUUCCUCUGUGACAACUUCAAACAGAGCUUUAGAAAAGUGCUGUGUGUAAAGACCAUAAGGUGCAAAGCCAAUGGUGUGGAUGAAGCUGACCCUAGUGCUCGUCGUACAGGGAGGUCAAUGCCAACUGAGGUUGCCCCUCAAAGUCAGGUGUCCCACCAUCCCCAGAGCAGCCAGAUUUCUCCUCAGCCUUCAUGCUUACAGAUUUCUCAUACCGCCGCUGAUUUGCACUUCUGUGUCUCGGCAUGCAAUCGGUCAUCCUCGACAGACCUGCAAUUCCCCAGAACCACUGCAACAAUUACAGCAUCCUCCAUGAGCUCUGUGGCAGAAAUUUCCACAAUUUCCACAGUAACUAGAGUGCCUGCUGUCUCUUAG